ACAAUAUCCUGUCCUAGAGACUUUUAAGUUGUGAAAUUCUCCCAACUCCUCCAGCCACAGCUCAAUCCUUCACAGCAUCCCGGAUCUCGGGCCUCCCGACAUCCCGCCAUAUCAAACAUGGCAACCUCACCUUCACUCACCAGCAGCAGCAGCAGCUCAUUGCUCGCUGGCCUCAACUGCACAGGCAGCAUCCACCUCGUCAUCGGCACAAACCCAUUGGCUUCAGCCCGAUGCGCGCAGUCUCUCGGCGCCGGAGCGCAUCCCAUUGUGGUUGCGCCAGAGACGGCUGAGCUGCACUACGGCUUGCAGCAGAGGAUCGACGACGGCAGCGUCAAGUGGGUGCGCGAGGCGUUUGACGACGAGCAUCUCUUUCGGUUGGGCAGAGAAGAGGUUGGCCGAGUGGUGGAUGCCGUGUUUGUGACAUCCCGAGAAGAGCUGGCCUCACACAUCUCCUCCCUCUGCAAGCGCAACCGCAUCCCCGUCAACGUCGUCGACGCCCCCCAUCUCUGCACCUUCUCCCUCCUUUCCACCCACUCCGACGGCCCCCUCCAAAUCGGCGUCACCACAAACGGCCGCGGCUGCAAACUCGCCUCCCGCAUCCGCCGCGAGAUCGCCUCCUCCCUCCCGCCAAACCUGGGCGCCGCAUGCCACCGCUUCGGCGAGGCAAGACGGCGCAUCCAGCAGCACGACGAGGGAAGCCUCGGGGACCUCGACGACUCCGUCGACCAGAGCGCGCUGUUCAACAAGCUCGUCACCGAGGAGGAUGUCCGCAAUAGGAGGAUGCGCUGGCUCAGCCAGGUCUGCGAGUACUGGCCCCUGAAGAAACUCGCCUCCGUCACGGACCAAGACGUCCACCGUCUGCUCGAAGCCUACGCCAGCGCCGCAGAAUCAGACGUCGCAAAGCGCAGGCCGCGAGACGGCGACAUCGACGCCAUCCUAGAGCGUCCACAGGGCAGAAUCAUCCUCGCCGGCAGCGGCCCAGGACACCCAGACCUUCUAACCCGUGCAACGUACAACGCCAUCCAAACCGCCGACCUCAUCCUCGCCGACAAGCUCGUCCCCUCAGGCGUGCUCGACCUGAUCCCGCGCCGCACCCCCGUCGAGAUCGCCCGCAAGUUCCCGGGCAACGCUGAGCAGGCCCAAGAUGAGCUCCUCGCCGCCGCCCUCGCCGCCGCAAGGGCCGGCAAGACGGUCCUCCGCCUCAAGCAAGGCGACCCCUUCAUCUACGGCCGCGGCGGCGAGGAGCUCGCCUACUUCCGCCAAAACGGCUUCGCUGCCGCCGGCGCCGUCACCGUCUUGCCCGGCGUCACCAGCGCCCUCAGCGCGCCUCUGUUCGCCGCCAUACCCGCCACCCAGCGCGAUGUCGCCGACCAGGUCCUCAUCUGCACCGGCACGGGCAAGAAGGGUAAAGCCCCCCAGCCCCCGGAGUACGUGCCCUCGCGGACCGUCGUGUUCCUCAUGGCGCUGCACCGCAUCGUCGGCCUGGUGCGCGAACUCACCACCGCUGUCGAAGCAGACCAAGACAAAGCCCCCGAAAUCAGCAACACCCCCGUGACGGCAUCGUCAAGGACCCUCUGGCCCCUCUCAACCCCCUGCGCCGUCAUCGAGCGCGCCAGCUGCCCCGACCAGCGCGUCAUCCGCACGACCCUCGCCCACGUCGCCGAGGCCAUCGAAGCAGAGGGCAGCCGCCCACCCGGCCUCCUCGUCGUGGGCCGCUCAUGCGAGUUCCUGCACCCCAGGGAGCGAGGCAGGGCGUGGGUUGUCGAGGAAGGGUUCAGGGGUAUUGACGAUGAAGGGAUGGCCGCGCAACUCCAGGGGCUGGCGGCGGCAGUGGGAGCGUAAGCAUUGGAUGAGGUAGGAGGUUUAGUGAGCAAGGGAUACAGGGUGAACGGCGUUUUUCUUGUCUUUGUUUUGGGGGGGUUCAAUUAUGCGGUGAAACAGGAAAUAUGUGUACAAUUAAUUACCCAAGGGUGAACUGGGAAAAGCAUAGCAGGCAAUUUGUAUUCAUUUUUUGUAUACCAACGAGAAUGAAAAGGGGAUAAUUACUUUUCACAAGAGAACAAAUGAAAUACUAUAGCAUCUCAAGGU